AUGCCUUCGCAGUCUUCGGGUUUCCCUAACUCUUCCUCAGCUUAUUCUUCCCCCGAUAUAUCUUCUGCACAACCUAAUGCACAUUCCUUUCCUCCUACAUCAUCGUCACAGCCCCAUUUGGAUGCUCAAGCUGGAGCUAAACGGACACCUGGUGGCUCUGCACCUGAAAUGGCGGAGAGGCGUCUUUCUGAUGGACAUGAUCCACGUACUGAGAAUCCUGUAGCCGUUGAACCUCAUCAUUCAGGUGUUCAUUCAUCGUCGCAGCUCACCUCAUCUCCAGGUGAUGAUAAUUUUCGUCUUCAGGCUUCUCGUCUUGUAACAAAUCCUUCGAAUCAGGUAGCCAAUAGUCCAGUUGCACCUUCUGGUCCUACAAAUAUACCUAUUAUCCGACCGCAAUCUGUUCAACCUGUAACCAGAAUUAUAGCCAGUGAAAUUACGUCUCGACAGAUGCAUGUUGGAGAUCCUAAUCAUACAAAAUUAUCGAAUUCGAAAAAUGCUUCAACACCAGCUAAUAACAGACCUCCUCAGGGUCAGUCACCCUCAUCGGUUGUGACCUUAAAUAAACCUUCGUCUUGCUUUCAUCAACACGUUUUACCAUUGCUGCAAGAUCUUCAAGAUGUUUACAGUCAAGUCACCAGUGGUGCUUCAGAUUCUAUCGCAAAUUUAGCAGCUACAUUUCAGGCAGUUGAUGCUUCUUCACCUCAGUAUACGACCGAUUUUUUAUCGGAGUUGUUAACCCGUGUAUUAGAUAGCAAUCCGCGUUUAUCUGCCAAUGUUAGACGUCGUGUACUGGAUCGUUUGCGCAUGAAUUCAUCUGACUCAUAA